AUGGAUGAAGUCCGCGCGUUGCAACAGCAGCUCAUGGAGGCUCAGCGGGCCUCCAACAUGCGCAAGAUCUCCGAGCGGAACUGCAUCGACUUGGUCCAAAAGCUCAUCUCCACGGAGCAGGUGAAGCUCUUCCACACGGCGAAUGGAAAGGAGUUCUUGACGCCGGAGCAACUGGACCAUGAGAUCCGGGAAACCAUGGAGAACUGUGGCGGCCGGCUCUCAAUCACCGAUCUACCCAACGAGGUCGGCGUGGCGCUGGAGCACUGCGAGGUGCGUGUCGAGAUGCUGCGAAAGCACAGCUCCCUGCACAAGAUCCACAAUGACUUGUUCUCCCAGCAGUACCUGCUGUCCAUUGCGCAUGAGAUCGAGGAGAGCCUCGAGGAAGCUGGCGCGCUGGCGGUCUCGGACCUCGUGAGUAGGUACAACCUGCCGGCGGACUACAUCCGCAACUCAGUCUUGGUUCUGCUUUCCUCAACGGAGGCGGCGACCGGGAAUGUAACGGGUGUCAGCUGCCGUGCCUCCCGCAGCCAACGGCUUGCAAAGCAGCCCACUGAGCUCCAGGCUGUAAUUCGGCAGAACACUGUGUACACCGGCUCCUACACAGCGCGAGUGGAGGCACGGGUUCGAGGUGCCCUGCGCGGAGCGACCCAGCCCGUCUCGCUGGCACAGCUGUCGGCACGGCAUGGCUUUGAUGCCGAUCUCCUUGCGAAUGCAGUGCAGAAGCUCAUCAAGGAGGAGGUCGUGCUCGGCAAAUUCCAUGGGUCGACUUUUACGCCCAAAGCGUACACCGAUGCCGAGGCCAACAAGGUGGAUGGCUUCUUUGAGGCCAAUGGCUACCUUACUGCCGCCGCCGCGAAGUCAUCUGGGCUCGGCCUGAAGGAUUGGGCGGCACAGCGGAAGGCUUCUGGCUACAACUUGGUCGGUGCUUUCGUCGCAAGCCACCUGGUGGAUUCCGCCAUGGCCUCCAUAAGUGAUGCCCUGGCUGGAGAUGGCUGGAUCGAUGCACAGCCUCUGCUUCCGCAUGCCCUCACGGCAGCCGAUGCCAGCGAGCUGCUGCUGCAGCUCUCGAGCCAGAAGAAGCUGCCCAGCAACGCAGUGGUCUUGGACCGAGUCGCAGCAAGCAGCGGCUUUAUCCAAAGCAUCGCCAAAGCCCUGGAGGCCGAUGUCCAGAAAGCGGCCGAGGCCGCCACGAAGAAGAAAAGCGGAGCCAAAAAAACAAUGGAGGAAGAGGAUGACGACCUUCACGCGAAGAAGGGCGGCAAGCGCACGAAGGGGGCCAAGAAGAAGCGAGGCGACGACGACGAUGCCGUCGAGACGUCUCGUGCUGGCAACGCCGAAUCAGGCGUGCCAAAUGAUGCCAUUGCCAACUAUCUGGCGGACCAGCAUCCAGAUCUGCCUAUCGACAUCCAGGAUGACCUUUGCGCAAAAGUGCAGGUACUUCUGGCAGCGAUGGUCGCCGAGGUUGCUGAGAAGUUGCGGUCCACACUGCAGACGAAGCAGAAUCAUCACUUCGGACAGGCUGAUAAGGUCGUCCAGGAGCGCUACGAGAGGCUGGUGCUUGGCCUCCGCGCCCUCGAGGCGGCAAAGCUCCAGGAGUCACCGCUCUACCAGCACCUCUUGAAAGAGGUGGUGUUGGAGCCUUGCCACAUGCUCAUCGCCCUCCGCCUCGAGGAGGCCACGGGAAACAGUCCCGAGGUCACCGCUUCUAGCCGAAAGCAGAGUUUGGAGAAGCUCAUCGCGGCCGAGGGAGCUGCCAAGGUGGAGUCUCUCUCCAGGCUGGCGGCCGUCUUGGUGCACAAGAAGGAGGCGAAAGAUGCUAAGGAGCACAAAGAGGUCAAGGAGAAGCCAGGCAAGUCUAAGAAGAGCCAAGGACAUGCAGCAGAUGAGGAAGAGCCAGCGGUCACGGAUGUCUCGGAGCUGUAUCACGCCGCUGCGGACGACAGCCAUAUCUUCUGCCGGAAGGUGGACAAGAAAAAGGAGAAGGCUGCAGCGCAAGAGCAGCGGGCAGCGCUGAAGGUCCAGCUCAAGGAGCUCCUACCCACAGAUGCGCUGGUCAUCUGCCACACGGGGCUUCAAAUGGCUCUGAACGCGGAAGGCAUCUCGUGCCUGGUGCUCCCUCAUGAACUUUGGGCCUUACGCCUUGCCGCCGGCUGCCUGCAGAAUGAGGAGGCCAAAGAACAGUGCCUGCAGCUCUGUGACCUCUGUGACAAGGAGAAAGGCGAAGAUGCAGUCGCCCGGGAAGCAGCAGCCACGGCGUGGCGGGAUCGUUUCGUCGGUUCUUAG